AUGGGGAUGUCUACUACUGAUCAGCCUUGGGGGUGUCCGAAUUCUAGCAGCAACAGAACUUCAAAACCAAGUAGAAACAGUUCUUCUCAUCCUAGAGCUCCUCUAGAGGUUGUUUCUUCGGCUCAAGCUAAUUUUCUGCGGCACUUUAAAAGAUUUGACACUGUUGAGGAUUUCUCAGAUCAUCACUAUGUUUCUAAUGGGAAUGCUUCGAAGCAGCACUCAAAGACUUGGGUGAAAAAGGUUCAAGUAGAUUGGAAGAUAUUUCUUGAGAAUAAUUUGCCAGAGACGAUAUUUGUGAGAACCUGUGAAUCAAGAAUGGAUCUUAUGAGAGCUGUAAUUAUUGGAGCAGAGGGGACUCCUUACCAUGACGGUCUUUUCUUUUUUGAUAUUCACUUCCCUGAUAACUAUCCUUCAGUGCCACCAAUGGUUCAUUAUCAUUCUGGUGGGCUUAGAAUCAACCCAAAUCUAUACACCUCUGGUAAAGUAUGCUUGAGUCUUCUGGGUACCUGGAAUGGUAACACGAGGGAGCAAUGGCUACCACGAGAGUCCACAAUGUUACAGCUUCUCGUCUCAAUCCAAGCACUCAUCUUGAAUCAAAAGCCAUACUUUAACGAACCUUCCUACGAGCAGGGCCGGCUUAGGGCAUGGGGCAAGGGGGCGUGGGCCCCAGGGCCCAAACAGACGAUGGUUUACGGCAUGAGAAAACCACCAAAGCACUUUGAAGAGUUUGUUCGUAGCCAUUACUUUGAGCGGGCUCACGAUAUAGUGAAAGCGAGUAAUGCUUAUAUAGAAGGAGCUCCUGUUGGUUCCCUAGUUAAAGGAACUAGCCAGGGCGGGUCCAUGCAAUUUAGGAACGAAGUGGCUGUCUUUAUGAAGACAGUUGUGGAUGAGUUCGUUAAACUAGGAGUCAAUGAGCUUGAAGAUAUAUUGGAACCACCACCUGUCAUUCAUACUAACACAUCGAGGUAA